AUGAGUAUAACAGUGACCGAAUUUUAUUAUACACAUUUAUCACAAUCAAACAUUUCCAGUCGUCUUAUUUCAUUAUGUGUCUCAGAUACAUUAGCUAUUGAUAAUGGUUUAUGGUUAGCUGAACAUCUAUCUACAUUUAUCAAUCUCCAUCGUUUAUCUUUAAUUGAUAUUAAACGUUCUUCUUUUCAAUUGAUUCUUAACUCAUUGUCACCUAUUAAUUCUCUCAUCAUGUUUAGUCUACGCUUUUCAACUGAAGAUCGUGCUGCUUAUACGUUUAAAGGUGUGCCUGAAGGUGUAUAUUAUGAACGAAUUUUCCACUUAUUUCCGUCAUUACGUGUAUGUCAUCUGUUUUUCUGGCCAUACAUACAUUCUACUCUAGACAGUCAACUCGUUCUACCACCUGGCAGAACUUUUAUGUUUGUUCAAAUCAGUCUUUUAAAUUUACAAUCACUUGCACUUUGUUGCUCACCAAGCUUUCUGUCACAUUUAUUUGAACAUCUUCCACAAUUGGAACAACUCAGCUAUUCACAGACUACUCCUUGGCUACCUGAAAAACAUCCACUAAGAUAUAGUGAUCACAAUCGAGUCACUCCCAUUAAUAAACAUCUGGCUCCAAAUCUAUGUCAACUAAAAAUAAAAUGGUUUGAUUCUAUGAUGAAUCCGGCAUCGGUUAAUGAAUUAUUUGAACGUGAUGUUUUAUUUUCAUUAAUGAAAUUCAACUUAUUGGCGUGGGUGGCUGGUCCCCAUGUUCUUCACAAUUUACAAUCCAUGCUUUCCCGUCAAUGUUUACAUUCGUUUGAUGUUAUAUGGUCUGUUGGAACUGUAGUGUCAUUAUCAGAAACAAGCAAAAUUUUAUUCGAUACAUUUCAACAGCUCAAAGGACCAGCGCCAAUUGAAUUAGACCUAUCUUUAGAAGAAAACAUGUAUUCUAUUAGAGCUUUAACAGUACCAAGAAUGGAUAAACGGUUAUGUGUCUAUUCCUAUCUACAUAAUACUGUGCAUGGACGAACUCCAUUGUCAGAUAAUAGAUGUAUCUUCACCAAUCAAUGGUCUCGCUGCAAUAAGAUUAUUAUGAGUGAAGAUUAUGAUCGAAUGAACGAAGAAUUUCUUUCUUUUUCACCACCUAUCGUUCGUUGGCAUCAAGUUACAUCGCUUAGUAUUACUGAACCAUUCAAUCGAAAUCAUCUUCAUCUUCUCUUUUCGCAAGCGACGAAUUUACGUACUCUAGAACUGCAUUAUAGAGCAGAAUAUGAUCCUAAAGCCUAUUUGAAACAAGAAACUUUAAUCGAUCUCCUUAACGAUAGUUCUUUGUGUAAUAUGCUCAUGUCAAAUGGGUUACGACAACUGAAUGUUUUUACUGUUUGGCAACAAUUAAAUUUGUUAAAUACUGCGUAUUUAAUUGUCGAGCAACUACCUAAUUUGCAAAUUAUAGAACUACAUGGUAGUGCUCGUGAAUUCGUUGAAGUAUCACAUAUACUUAUCAACGGUCUUUUGAAAUUAAGUUUUCUCAUGAUUAAUGGUAUAUUAGGACGUGCUAAACUUUAUGAUAAAAAAUUGCGUGAUCUGCAGAAUUCAAAUACUCGUUCUUUUCGAACGGAAGUUCUUAACACAAGAGAUGAUGAUAUACUUUUCAUAUGGCUAUAA